UAAAUGGGACAAAGCUCUCCAAGGUGCCUGGCCCGGCUCUGGACCAUUCUCUAAGGACCUGCAUAUGUCUCAAGCCGGUGUGGAGCAAAAGGAAGGGAAGAAGGCAUCUCCUGUUGUGGAGCUUAAUGUAGGAGGAGAGUUGUACACCACCACCGUGGGCACCCUGAGAAAACUCCCGGGUUCAAAGCUAGCAGAGAUGUUCUCCAGCUCAGCUAAGGCCUGCACGGAUGCAGAGGGCCGGCUCUUCAUCGAUCGCCCGGGCACCUAUUUCGGACCCAUCCUGGACUACCUGCGCAGCGAGCGGCUGCCCACGCACCACAUCCUGGAGGUGUACCGUGAGGCGCAGUUUUACGAAAUCAAGCCUCUGGUCAAGCUUCUGGAGGAUAUGCCACAGAUCUUUGGGGAGCAGGUGGCUCGGAAGCAGUUCCUGCUGCGGGUGGCAGGCUACAGCGAGAACCUGGAGCUCAUGGUGCACCUGGCCCGCGCCGAGGCGGUGGCGGCACGCAGCUCCGCGGUGCUGGUGUGCGCGGUGCGCUCCGAAGAGGAUGCCGCGCUGUGCGCAGACGCCUUGCGCAUCCUGGAGGGCGAAAAGAGGUCUGUGGUCAAAUUCGGGCCCUGGAAGGCGGCCCCGCAGGUCAAGGACCUCCUCGACUGCGUGAAGAUGGACAUUGAGGCCCGGGGGUACCAGGUAUACUAUGAACAGUACUCCGAGAGGACAUUGCGGGCCAAGUAUUUAAAUUACUUUUAUACAUUCAUCUUCAGCUGGUGGUGAUCCCUAGGGGGCGGGGACAGUUUGUUAAGGGUUCUGGGGGGACUUAUGAAAUUAAAAAUCGCCUUCAAAAGCCACCUAGUUGGCUCAGUGGGUGUGCUGCUGUCAUUGGCUCAGGCUGUGAUCCCUGGGUCCUCAGAUUGAGUCCUGCAUCAGGCUCCCCACAGGGAGCCUGCUUCUCCCUCUGCCUGUGUCUCUGCCUCACUGUGUAUCUCUCAUGAAUAAAUAAAAAAAUCUUAAAAAAAAUUUUUUUAAGGCCGUCUUGGGAUCCCUGGGUGGCCCAGCGGUUGAGUGCCUCCCUUCGGCCCAGGGCGUGAUCCAGGAGUCCCAGGAUGGAGUCCCGCAUCGGGGUCCCUGCAUGGAGCCUGCUUCUCUCUCUGCCUGUGUCUCUCUGCCUCUCUCUGUGUGUCUUUCAUGAAUAAAUAAAUAAAAUAUUA